GCACUGCACCAGCAUAAAAAAAAACCUGACCAAAACAAGAAUACAUACACUAUGGCCUUUGAUCGCAAAACCAUAUUGGAUUUUGACUUUACUCAACAGAAAUGGGUGGAGAGACUCACUAAAACUCUCAGUGGAUCGCUUGAGAAUGAUAUUGAUGACAUUCCUGUUUGCGUCUUCCGGGUGCCGAUUUCUCUUUGCUCCUGCAAGCCUGAGGCCUACACUCCUCAGUUAGUUGCUCUUGGACCCUACCAUCACCUCAUUUCAGACCUCUACGACAUGGAGAGGUACAAAAUUGUAUGGGCUAAGGAGGCCAGCCAGCAACUUAAUCUCGUCGACUUUAACGAGCUCAUAGAUCAUCUCAAAACACUUGAUUCCAAAAUCAAAUCCUCCUACCGUGGCCGUUUGAAUCUCAACAAAGACACCUUGGCCCUGAUAAUGACUAUAGACGGUCUCUUCUUGCUCCAUCUGCUCAAGCAUAAAGAAAUCCCUCACUGUUCGUCUUUAUCUUCGUCUCUUCUGCUUAACUCUUCUUCUGGAAAACAUCUACCUAGUGAUGCCAUCCUAAGAGACGUCCUGAUGCUGGAGAACCAGAUCCCCAGAUUUGUGUUGAAAGAAAUCUUGACAAAGAGUAAGUCCCGCGACCCAACUUCCUUGGAGACCCUGUACCGGGAUUUCUGCAAAAUGAUCUCUCCGAUAAAAUUGAAUUGGUCCCGUUCUGAUUUGGAAGUUUUGGAGCAUCAUCAUCUAUUGGAUUUUCUAUACCAACAUAUUACGUAUAAAAAGCAUGACGACAGGACGAAUUAUUUCUUUAAAGAGAAAGAUUCCUUAAAAUCAUUUAUGAAUCCUGAUAUUGAAGGAGCCUCCCAACCUACAAAUUCCAGUGUGUUUUCCAAGGUGUGGAGCAUGCUAUCACUAAUCAACAUCGGCGUCUUCAAAAUUUUUAAGAAAUUUGUAGACUUGUUUCUGAAUGUCUUUGGAUAUCUGGGUUUAUCAACCUUUGCAUUCUUGAACGACAAGAAAGUUUUAAUUCCAUCCGUUUCAGAACUGUGGAAUGCCCGAAUGAGAUUCUCCCCUAUAACGGGCGGUACCAGUUUUGUUAAAUUUGAUGAGAGAACCCACACUCUACACCUUCCAGUGAUCACUUUGAAUUCUACUUCAGAAGUGGUAAUUAGAAACCUUGUGGCAUACGAAAUCGGAGAGAAGUCAGGGUCGUUGAACUUCAGACGGUUCUCAGAGUUAAUGGGAGCAAUUGUAGACACAGCUGAGGAUGUUGCGGUGUUGAAGAAAGCCAAGGUGAUUGAGAGUGAUCUGAGCAAUGCUGAGGUUGCAGAGAUCUUUAACGGGUUUACGAGAACAAUGGAGUCCAAGGAUGGGACCAUUGAUACAGCCAUUAAGAAGGCUAAUGCUUACUACGAUAACACUCGAAAAGUCAGGAUAAAAAGGCUCCUGAAGAAGUAUAUAUACUCCUCCUGGAAGAUUCUUACUGUUCUUGCUUCUAUUUUGCUGCUGCUGUUGAUGGGUCUGCAGACUUUUUGUGAUAUCUAUCGCUGCCCUAAUAUGUUUGCGUUUAGCAAAGCCAAUGACAAUAUUUAGGCUGGUACUUAAUUUCCUCUGCAGUUUAUUGCUAGUUUACCAUAUAUAGUUUGUAUAAAAAAAAAAAAAAAAUACAACUAGUUUACUAUGGUUUCUGAUAUAGUGUACCAUAAGCUAUAUGAUAAUAAAUUAAGUUGUCUUUA